AUGCGAUUCUUCUGGAAGAAAGACAAGCGGGAGCCACCGGCUGGUCGAUCGGCGUUGAGGCCAAGCCAAGCCCCGGCCAGCGCAAAUGCAGCCCACGCCACAGCUGGCAGCCACUGUGGCCCAAGCUCGAUGUCGUCGGCAUCGGCGCCUGGCCAGGGGCUGGGGGACGGCGGGCGCAAGGCCAAGGCUAAAGGCAGGAGGCCCAGUAGCUCCAGCUCCACGUCCGGGCCCCAGUCCAGGUCCAGGUCCAGGUCCAGGUGGUUCGUCAGCCUCUCAGCCUGGCGGCGCCUUGUCCGACCAGAGUCAACAUCGCAAAGAACAUCAUCACCGUCGCCAUCACCAUCACCAUCUCCACCACAGCAAACGGCCAGCGAACCAGUGACCCACAGAGCGUCUGUCCCGGAUUUAGGAGACCGACUCGAGCACGGCACCCCAAGAACAUUCCCCAACAAGGAAACACUGCCGCCCGCCCAAACAAUCGCAACACCACCCUCACAGUCGGCCGAGCCCGUAUCGUCACUCUCACCACCUCCGCUGGCACCACCGGCAUCACCGCCGCCCGCACCAGCCGCCCGAAACAUCGCGUGCAUCCCACACACCGCCGCCAUGGCCGAACGCACGGUGCAGCAGAUCAUAACACAGCUCAAGGGCAACCCCAAGCUGCCCUACGACCAGGCCUCGCAGCUGCUGUCCAAGGCCAAGCUGGCCCUGCUGCAGCUCAAGGCCCUGACCCCGACCGCCGGCGCCCCGCCCAACCUGCUGGCCCUGGCCCGCGACGUCUACGAGCACGGCGCCCUGGCCUCCAUCCGCGCCCGCAACCCGGACGCCUUCACCCGCUACGUCUCCCAGCUGCAGCCCUUCUACGAGCUGCCCGCCACCCAGCUCAAGCCCAACCCCGACGCCCGGAAUAAGGUCACCGGCCUGUACCUGCUCCUGCUCCUGACCCAGGGCCGCUACGACAUCUUCCACAGCGAGCUCGAGGGCCUCAGCACCCAGCUGGGCAACGACGGCAUCGAGGCCGACCGCUACCUGGGCUACCCUAUCAAGCUCGAGCGCUGGCUCAUGGAGGGCAGCUACGACCGCGUGUGGAAAGCCAUGAAGAAGGGCGAGGUCCCCAGCGAGGAGUACGGCGUCUUCUCCCAGAUUCUCACAUCCCAGAUCCGCUCAGAGAUCGCCUCCUCCUCCGAACGCGCAUACCCUUCCUUGCCUCUCAGCAGUACCAAGUCGCUCCUGUUCCUGGAGUCUGAAGGCGCCGUAGUGGAGUUUGCUCGCCAGCGCGGCUGGGUCAUCCGCGACGGCCAGAUCUACUUCCCCGCGGCCGAGGCCGAGGAUGCCGAGGAGAAGGAUAUCUCACAGAUGGUCAUUGAGAACACGCUGGGAUACGCCAGGGAACUGGAGACCAUCGUCUAA